UUGACAAAUAAAUAUUUUGCAUCGAUUCGGGGAUUCACUAAUAAAAGGAGAGAAAACUAGAAAUCCACAUGAAAAUUACUCAUAAUUAGAUCAACGUUAUCAUCAUCAUUAGUCAUAAAUUGGAACAAGUCAUUGUAUAGUAGGGUAAAUGACUUGGUGUGCUGGUGCAAAGACUGUUUAUCUUCGCUGGAAUGUUUUGGGACAUACCAUGGAGAUGGGAAGAUAUGUGUGGACCGGCCGGGCUGCAGCCCUGGGAUCACGCAACCAAGGACAUGGGACUGUGCUUCCAGCAGUUGUUUCUGCAAAUUCCCCUGUACUUCAUCAUUGCGGUCGUGUCAGGCUACUACAUCGGCUACAGGAGGGACUGGGUGAUAAGAGAGAAGUUGCAGGAGCGGGCAAUAGUCAUCCGUAGUUUCGUUGUGCUAACUUUAGUUUUUAUUCCGAUAGUAGAACUAUAUGUUUUUAUUACGAGAGUGGAUUUUGUGUUACUGCCUGUAGAUUAUUUUGUGGCCGGAGCAUCAUGCUUGUCUUGGUUGGUGCAUUUUGGUUACGUGUUGUCUCUGAAGCAUCGGCUAGGCUCGAGUUCCCGCGGGCCGUCAUUGCAGCUAUUCCUCUGGGGGCUGACAGUGGUGCUAAAUGUGAUAGCUCUGCAUAGCAGUGUCAUUCUUGGGGGUCCUGUGGCCUUCUAUAUUGCCACGCUUUGUUGCCAUGCAGUAUACUUUAUUACAUUGAUACCAUCAAGUGAAUCCAGGCCUACUUACUACUCGGCCUGCCUGGUUGGAUCACAACAUGCCCAUAAUGAGUAUACGCCAUUGUUGCCCCAUAUGGAUGAGGGUGUCCUAGGCACGGCCAUGCAGGGCAAUGGAUGCAUAUCACAGUUACUGUUUUUGUGGGUGAAUCCACUGCUAAAGAAAGGUUUUGACAAGAAACUGCAAGACCCAGAGGAGUUAUUUGACAUCCCGGCAAAGUACCGGUGUACUUAUGUUGGGGCCAAGAUGGACCGAGCUCUUAUUGGCAAUGUAGACAACUACCAGCAGUAUGCGGAGAUACCACAUGAACCUUUCAUCAGUUCAGGCUACGGCGCGCUGGGCGAAUCCGCGCCGCAAUCCUCCACCCCAGUCACCCCGACGUCGCGCGUGCCGUUGCGCCGUCGCCGACAAAACGUCACUCUUCUCCGCGCGCUGCACUCGUGCUUCGCGUACCAGUUCUAUAGUAUUGGUGUGCUCAAGCUGGUGUCUGAUAUGGCGGGAUUUGCGGGCCCUAUGCUACUUAACAGGCUGGUCGCGUUCGUUGAAGAUGAGAGCAUCGAUCAACAUUAUGGUUACAUUUACGCAGCAGGUCUCAUGGCCUCCGCCCUAAUAUCGACCCUGUUCAACGUGCAUUUCAACUGGCUGAUGUCCCUCAUCGGGCUCAAGAUGCGCGGAGCCAUCGUCGCCACUAUUCUUCGCAAAACCCUGAGCGUGACUUCUACUGAAUUGAAUAAGUCGUUCUCGGUUGGAGAGAUAACCAACUUUAUGUCCACUGAUACGGACAGGAUUGUCAAUUCGUGUCCCAGUUUUCAUGCUUUGUGGAGUAUUCCUUUGCAGCUGUUCAUCACCCUGUUCCUCCUGUACCAACAAGUGGGCGUCUCCUUCCUGGCCGGCGUGGCGUUCUCCGUCCUGCUGAUCCCCGUGAACAAGCUCAUCGCCAACAAGAUCGGGCAGCUCAGCACCGAGCUCAUGAAACACAAGGAUUCUCGUGUUACUCUCAUCAGUGACCUACUCCGGGGGAUAAGAACAGUGAAGGUGCACGUUUGGGAGGACUACUUCAUAAACAGAGUUACAGAGUCCCGAACACUGGAGCUGAAGUACCUCCGUUGGCGCAAGUACCUGGACGCGAUCUGCGUCGUACUGUGGGCAACAACACCCGUGCUCGUGUGCGCGCUGACUCUGGGCGUGCACGCACUGCGAGGGCAGCCGCUCGACGCGCCCACCGUAUUCACAACAGUGGCUCUAAUCAACAUGCUGAUCGCGCCUCUGAACGCGUUUCCGUGGGUACUCAACGGGCUAACAGAAGCGUGGGUGUCUAUCAAGAGGAUACAAAAACUCUUAGACCUCCCAGACAUGGACCCAGAGCGUUACUAUGACAAAUUAAACACGAACCGCAACGAAGACAACAUGUUCAUGAUAAACAACGCCACAUUCUCAUGGGCCAAGCCACCCGAGCGCAGGGCACCGCAGCCCAGCAGGCGGAGCAAGGGCAAGGCUAAGAAGAAAUCUAAGAGGAAUAUACAGGCUAGCGAUUCGUCCAACGAAGUUAGCGAAGUGGUGGCACACGAACCGUUCAUGCUGCACGACAUAUCGCUGGAGAUCGAGCGAGGGGAGCUGAUAGGCGUCACUGGCAGCGUCGGCAGCGGGAAGACGUCGCUACUGCACGCUAUCAUGGGAGACAUGGUUAAGAAGAGUGGCGAUAUACAGAUCCCUGAGAGCCUUAGCAGUUUCGGCUACGUAUCUCAGAAGCCGUGGCUAAUACGGGGAACAAUAAGAGAUAACAUUUUAUUCGGGAAGCCAUAUGAUGAAACCAAAUUCCAGACUGUUGUAGAAGCUUGUGCUCUUACUGAGGACCUAAACGUGUUGGGCUGGGGCGCGCACGUGGGCGAAGGCGGUUGCACGCUCAGCGGCGGCCAGCGUGCACGCAUUGCGCUGGCGCGUGCGGUUUAUCAGGACAAGCAAGUGUACCUACUAGACGAUAUAUUCUCCGGCGUGGACACGCGCGUAGCUCAGCACAUAAUGCAGCGCUGCGUGCUAGGCCUGCUGAAACGAACAACACGAAUACUGGUCUCACCAUCGCCACGCAUACUCGCCCGCUGCUCACGAACGGUGCUAAUACAUGACGGCCGUAUACAAGCGUUAGGACCCCCUGAAGCGGUCCUAAGUGAGAUCGAGGAGUUCCUUCCGAGCGACUCAGACGCGUUCGAAGAGGAGCCCCCGAAAGCUAUCGAGCCUGCAUCGGACAAUCAAGACAGCGUCAGUCGGAAUAGCUUGGAUGAAGAUGAAGCGAUGUCAGAAGGCACAGUGGGCUGGUGGGUGCUCGGGCUGUACCUCCGCUCCGUGGGUUUCUUCCUCUCCGUCGCCAUCAUCCUGUCCCUCGUCCUCAUGCAGCUCUCGCAGAACUUCACCUUCGUGUGGCUCACCUUCUGGGUGCGCAACAAGGCGCGCAACAUCACCGAGACCACGACCCAUGAGAACACGACCACUCUAGACCACGGGUUUAACGCUAUAGACACCGUUAUUGACACUAUCAUGAACAUGUCACAACAGUUUGUCAGCCACUUGGACCGUAACACGACAACUGUAAGACUACAAGCGCCGUCUAACAUCACGCCCGCAUAUGACGAUGAUUUUUAUUUGGAAGUGUAUUUUGGACUAGCGGGCUUGAAUUUGUUAUUUACGGUGUUGAGAGCUUUCCUGUUUGCGUAUGGUGGUGUCCAAGCGGCCACUAGGAUACAUAAGAUCCUUCUUAGAGUCGUGACAAAGGCAAAAAUAAAAUUCUUCGACGUGACCCCAACGGGUCGGAUUCUCAACCGCUUCUCAUCUGACACGUAUACAGUUGACGAUUCGCUGCCAUUCAUUAUGAACAUAUUUUUAGCGCAAGUUUUCGGUUUAGUAGGGGCGGUGGCAGUGACAGUAUACGGGCUUCCCUGGUUACUGGCGGGCGUUCUGCCCGUGGCGUUCAUCUACUACCGCUUGCAGCGAUUAUACCGCGUCACAUCGCGACAACUCAAGAGACUGCAGAGCGUUACUCUGUCACCCGUGUACGCACACUUCAACGAUACACUAGAAGGUUUAUCAACAAUUCGCGCGCUAGGCGCCAGUCCGCGCUGGUCCGACCGCGGCGAGGAACUGGUGGAGGCGUGGCAACGAGCGGCACUCUGUGGCGCCGCCACGGCCCAGUGGCUAGGCCUGAGGCUUCAAGCUUGCGCCGGCGCGUGUGUGGCCGCUGCUGCGUUGUUGGCAGCCGUGCAGCGCACUACUCACGCUCUAGACCCAGGUCUGGUGGGUCUGGCGAUCUCCUACGCGCUGUCUAUGACGUCAAUGCUCAGCAACGUACUAAACUCUUUCACCGAGACCGAGCGGGAGAUGAUCGCUGUCGAGCGCGUCGGCGAAUACAUCACGCAGGUGGAGAGUGAAAAAAUUGACGGCGAGCCGCCUCCGUACGGCUGGCCCUCGCAGGGCGUAAUAAGCUUCGAAGAUGUUCAUCUUAAUUACAGUCAAAACGGUCGGGGCGCGGCGUUACGCGGCGUCACGUUCUCGAGUUACCCGGGAGAGAAGCUCGGCGUGGUCGGCCGCACCGGCGCCGGCAAGAGCUCGCUACUGCAGGCUAUCCUGCAGCUGGCGCCGACGACGGCUGGACGGGUGCUGGUGGAUGGCGUGCCAGUCCAUACACUACAGCUACACGCGCUAAGGUCCCGGAUAGGCAUGAUCCCGCAAGAGCCCUUCAUCUUCACGGGAACCGUCCGCGAGAACGUCGACCCGCUCCGCCAGCACUCUGACACCGAAAUAUGGCGCGCCUUGGAACGGUGCGGGGCUGAAGAAACCUUGCGUGCGAAGGGAGGACUGACGGCAUCUGCUUCGGAGUUGUCGAGAGGUGUAGCCCAGUUGUUAUGUGUUACGAGAGCGCUACUACAAAGAGCUAAGAUCGUCCUAAUCGACGAAGCGACAGCGAACCUCGACCAAGAAACGGAGCGGCUCAUCCUCAGUACCAUCCGCUCAGCGUUCGGCGGCGCCACCGUGCUGCUGGUGGCGCACCGCGUGGUGGGCGUGCUGGAGUGCUCGCGCGUGCUCGUGCUCGGCGGCGGCCGCCUGCUCGAGUUCGACACGCCUGCGGAACUUCUCGCCGAUCCCACCUCGCAGCUGUACGCGUUAGUACAUGCUCAUGACCAGUGAUCUCUUCAACCGUUGCACAUUAUAUUGUAAACGUGCUUUUCAAAAGUUGCGUGUGAUAUUGUAAAAUCGGAGUGAUAACGGUAGAGCGCGCUUCAAACUUCAUGCGGCUUUCUUUAUUAACAGAGUUCGCGCGUACUUCAGUGCUCGACGGGCAUUCGGAGGGUGCUCGAUUUUAUGCUAUACUGAGUCAAUAAAGUAGGUAUUCUUGUCAUCGAAACCCGGUGACUAAUGUCACAUAAUUAUAACGGUUCAAAACUUUGCAUGAUAUCGGGUUGAAACGAAAGCAUUGUAAUUAGGCGGAAAUCAAUUUAUUUUUCUUAAACGACACAAUUUUGUACAUUGAGAAGACGAAACAUACCUAAUACAGACUUAAAAUUAAUUUAGCAAAUAUAUGUACUAUGAAUGAUGGCAUUCCUUUUACGUUAAGUAAGUAUUAUAAUUUGGCAUGCCAAUUCCAUCAGUAGAAAAAGGCGACAUACUGCAAAAAUCUAUGAGGGUUGCCUUCUCAUAGAAAAUUAUAUCGCGUCUUUUUGGCAAAGUGGGUUCGCCAGAGUGUAUUAUGUUGUAUUUGAACGAAAACAGUACUAUUUGAAGUCAAACAUAAUAAGACUAAAAUAUUACUAGUCUAGAAAAGGUUACUAUGAUAUAAUGUGAUCUUAUAUUAAUACGAGUAUGGUGAAUAAAUAUUUGUACUUUUAAUUUUAGGUUAUGUUAAUUAUUACUUAUGAAUUCAAGUAUUUAUAAUAAUUAUAAUAGAACAGUUAUUGCCAAAGUUUACUUGCAGACUGUACAUGUAAUAUUAAACCAUUUUAGUGUAAGUAUUCGUGAAUCAUGUUGCUCCAUUAAAUUAAAUAUCGUUUUAUAAAUAAUCAUUAAACAAUCACAUGACAAAUUAAUUGGCAGGCGGAAGAGAUUAGGUAUUGUUUUCAGAAAAAAGCAUAAAAGUAAAAUAAGUAAUUGGUAAUAUUGUUCCUGCCUUUUUUUAGUUAAAAAAAAUACACUGAAAUGACUGAAAUUGCAAAAAGAAGUAUAUAAUUAGUUACCUUAGUCAAUUAAAUAAAUAUUUAAAAAAUAUGUGCGCCUGUUUGGUGACGGGUUAAGAAUUUCACCACCCCCUUUCUUCCCGUGGGUGUCGUAGAAGGCGACUAUGGGAUAUGGGUUAAAUUGUGGCGUA